AUGCGGUCGUCACUCCUUUCUUCCCUCCUCUGCCUCUGCCUGGCCACCUCGUCGACCUCGGCCCGCCACGUUCACCAGCUCCGCGCCGAUUUCAACCUCGCUUCCCUCCCGCAGGCCCACUCGGCCCGCGGCCUCCCCGCCGCAGACGGCAAAAAGGGCGUCCUCCUCAUGAACCGCAUCGGGCCCUCAACCUCGGAGCUCUACAUCGCCAACGCGGACGGCACAAACGAGCAGAAGCUCCUCGGCAACGCCUCGAGCUUCGAGUACCACGCCGCCUUCUCCCCGGACGGCAAAUACGUCACCUUCACCACCGAGCGCAACGGCGACGGCAACUCCGACCUCUACCGGUGCAGCUUCUCUGCUGGCACCACGAGCGGUAGCAACACCACCUCCGCCUCAGCGUCGUGCUCCAAUGUGGAAGAGCUCAUCGCCACGCCCUCCGUCGAAGACGCGGGCGCCCUCUCCCCAGACGGGACCAAAGUCGCCUACGUCUCUACCGAGAACGGCUACCGCGCCAACAUCUGGGUCCUAGACAUCGCCACCGGCGCGCGCCGCAACCUCACAAACACCCACGAGAUCGCCGGCGACCCCUUGCUGCCCGACGGCCACUUCAGACCCAGCUGGUCCCCGGACGGCGAGUGGAUCGCCUUCGCCUCGGACCGCAACACGGCCUGGCGGGGCCACGGCAACGGUACCGGCUGGGAACACACCCAGGAGCUCUCUGUCUACGUCGUCCGGCCGGACGGCUCUGGGUUCCGCCAGGUCGCCACCAAGACGGGAUACUGUCUCGGCUCGCCGAAAUGGAGCCCGGACGGGAAGCGCAUCCUCUACUACGAGAUCACCACCGAGCAGACGUGGGACGCGCACCGGCCCGAGUCCCUCGCCGCUGCCGUCUCCCAGAUCGUCUCGGUCGACUUCGAAACGGGAGAAGAUCGCAUCGAGCAUACCUCGGGCGCCAGCGUCAAGAUGUUCCCGCAAUGGUUGGCUGAUGAUGACAGCACCUCAGACGGGUCCAGCAGCAGCAACAACAUCGCCUACCUGAUCAAGGGCGGCGACAACGAAGGAUACAACUACACCUCAGGCGCCCACCCGCCCGUCAAAGCAGCGAUUCGCUCGCCAGCCUGGUCCCCAGACGGCCGCUUCGUCAUCUACGAAAAAGUAGGCUUCACCGCCCGCGCCAUGGAGAAGCCCCUCUACAGCUGGGAUGCGGACUGGGAAUACCGCUCCACCGACGUCUUCCCCCAGCUCUCCCUACAAGGCCGCCUCGUCAUCACCCAAAAGCAGCUCGGCAACUCCUCCAUCGUCUCCAUGAACCCGGACGGCACCGACCUCAAGCUCGUCUUCGACUCCUCCAAAACGGGCGAGAUCGACGCCGCCCUCGUCGCAAAGGGUCUCGCUGGCGCCUUCCAACCAGCCUGGUCCAGCGACGGCCAGUGGAUCGCCUUCGGCCUCGGCUCCUGGUUCCAGUCCCGCGCGACGGGCAAAGCCCGCGUCUACCGCACGACCUCCAACGGCAGCUUCUACGAGGCGCUGACGGACGGCUCCGUCCACUCCGGGUUUCCCUCGUACAGCCCAGAUGGCCGCAGCCUCGUCUUCCGCGAGUGGGGUGUCCGCUACGGCCUCCGCGUCAUCGACCUCGAGACCAAGACGGUGCGAAGCCUGACCAACGCGACGGACAACCUGCCCUUCUGGUCGCCCGACGGCGAGCGCAUCGUCUUCACGCGCAAGACGUCGGCGACGAAUUUCGACGUGUGCACCAUCCGGCCCGACGGCUCGGACUUGCAGACGCUCACGUCCAGCGGCGCAAACGACGCGCACGCCGUGUGGUCGCACGACGGGCGGAUCUUGUAUUCCAGCGGUAUGUACGGGUUCCGGGACGAGGCGGCCAUCUAUGAUCAGACGUUCCAGCCGUACGGGCAGAUCAUCGUCAUGGACGCCGACGGGUCGAAUAAGCGGAUGCUUACGGAUAGUUUAUGGGAGGAUUCUAUGCCGUUGUAUGUGCCCAACGAGUUUCUCGUCUAG